GAAGCAAAGAUGGAUUUUACCGCUAAACAUGGACAAAUUCUGCUUGAGCAAGUGAGGAAGAUGAGGGAGACGGAGCACUUGACAGAUGUAGUGUUAGUUGCUGAGGGGGUAAGCUUUCCCUGUCACAGACUUGUUUUAUCUGCCUUCAGCCCUUACUUUCGUGUGAUGUUUACAUGUGGACUGCGUGAGUGUAACAACAGAGAAGUAUUUCUGCGAGACACCUCUGCAGACAGCUUAGCUCUUCUCCUGAACUACAUGUACAGCUCAGAUCUUCCUCUCACCAACACAAACGUGCAAGGAAUCUCGAUUGCAGCUUUUCUCCUGCAAAUGGAUGAUGUAUUUACUCAGUGUCAGCAGCACAUGAUUGAAAACAUGGAUGCCUCUAACUGCCUGGGUGUGUUUUACUUUGCCCGAGAUCUUGGUGCAGAGGAAUUGGCCGAUCAAGCUCAGCGCUUCAUAAGGCAGUACUUUGUCCAAGUGUGCCAGAAUGAAGAAGUUUUAGAACUCGAGGCCUAUCAACUAGGGAAGCUGAUCAGUUCAGAUGACCUCAAUAUUUCAAGAGAAGAAACCAUUUUAGAUGUGGUUCUUCGCUGGGCCAAACACAGUUUUCAGAUAGAAGGAGAAGUACGUAGCAAGCAUCUUCCUGAGCUCCUUAGGAAAGUUCGCCUACCCUUAAUAAACCCAGACUAUUUAAAAGAGACAAUGAAAAGGAAUACAGCCUUGUUGGCUGAUGCAGACUGUAUGGAGAUAAUGAGCCAAGCUUUGGAGGUUGUACAAAUGCAUCCCUCCGCAGUACCACGCAAACUAAAAUUGCGCUAUGGGAUGGAAACCACGGAUUUGCUGCUCUGUAUUGGUAAUGACAGUAGUGGAAUUAGGUCAAGAUAUGACAAUUAUAGCGAACGGAGCUUCUGUUACGCCCCCACAACAAGUCGAACAUACUACAUAACUUCACCGAGAUAUGGAGAAGCUUUAGGGUAUGUAUGUGCAGGGGUUGUAACUGAAGAAAAUGACAUUAUAGUGUCAGGAGAGGCCGGUGCCCGAAGAAUGUCCCGACAAAAGGAAAUGGAUGUAGAGCUUUAUAGAUACAAGGUCGAAGCCCAAGGAAGCUGGGAACGCCUGACAUCGGCAGAGUAUCGUGAUUCUUAUGGACUAGGCUCCUUGGGUGAUACUUUGUAUCUGAUUGGUGGGCUGAUGAAGCUGAAGAACCAGCUUCUUAUCACUAACAGCGUGGCGCGGUGGCCUCUACGGGGAGGACCUUGGCGGAGUGCUGCUCCUUUACCAAUGCCCCUGGCUUAUCACAGCGUGGUCAGGCUGAAGGAUCGCCUGUAUGUCAUUGGAGGUAAAACCCCACAGUCAUGCCGAAUGGAUGAUGAGCCAGACCGUCUUAGUAACUGCCUUCUUGAGUAUGAUCCAAAUAUAAACAAGUGGACAGAGCUGGGUCCAAUGAAGUAUUCAAAAUACAGAUGUAGUGCAGUUGUUCUGAACGGAGAAAUUUUUGUAAUGGGUGGUAUUGGAUGUGAGGGUAUGGACCGAGGGCAGUCACGCCAUUGUCUUGACGCUGUAGAGAUCUACAACCCAGAUGGGAAUUAUUGGAGGGAUGGACUUUCUCUACCAUGCGCUCAGCUGGCACUGCACACAAAUGCCUCAAAUGCUGGUGUGGUGGGGGGAAAGAUAUAUGUGUGUGGGUACUACAAAGGAGCAGACCGUAAUGAUGACAUAACAAAAGACAUCUUGGAACUAGACCCCUGGGAGAACCGAUGGACAUUGGUUGCUCGGCGUGCUUUGAUGCAUGACAACUAUGAUGUCUGCCUAGUGGCAAGUCUAAAUCCAAGGGGACUAAUAUCUCCCCCUGCAGACAUACUGCAGUAA